AUGGAGUCUGUAGUAACGGGUCCGAGUAAUCGUUAUCCUAUAACAUAUGGCCCCCAAACAGAAAUUGCAGAGUCGAACCUUAAUAAGAUCUUCACAACCACGGCUGCUUCAUUGUCGCUAAUCGGAGCACUUUUGAUCAUCAUUACUUUCAUUAUGUGGCCUGAUUUAAGAACAAACUCUCGCAGAAUGAUCAUGUUCAUAUCCAUCGGUGAUUUCUCCGUGGCUCUCUUUAACAUUAUCGGGAUUUAUAACCCGUCUUCGGACAACGAGAUAUGCAGAAUGCAGUCACUAGUUACCAAUGUGGCGAUUUUGUCUUCCUUCAUGUGGACUUUGAAUUUGUCGUUUUACUUUUACCUGACUAUCUGCAGAAAGAUCUCCGCCGAAUAUGAAAGGCGAAUUAUGCAGUUACUUCACCUCAUAGGGUGGGGAAUUCCUAUCUUGAUAGGAAUUAUCGCGUUCACAAUGGGCGCAUAUGGAUUUUCCAGAAAUGUUCUCACUCCUGGAUGGUGCUGGAUUUCUGAAAAUCAGAAAUGGUGGAAAGUUGUCAUGUGGAUGUUCAUUACAGGAAAAGGCUGGGAGAUCAUGUCAUAUAUUUGCAUCUUCAAGUUUUAUUUGUUGGUCAUACUGCAGAUCAGACGAGAGGUAUGUUCAAGAAACCCACAUCUUUAAUUUCCUGAUUCAGCCUCUCAUGCCCCUUUCACUUCCUGUUUACACUUCUAAACUAAUUUAUUAUUCACAAGGAGAAAACAGAAUUUGACUAAGGCUGCAUUGCCGGCUGAGUGCAUUCAUUUAUAAAGGAUUAAAUUAACUACAAAAACCGUGGACGAAGAUCCUGCUAGUUGUAAACGUUGGAUCUCUAGAAAAGAGAUUUAAUCAGCCAAAAUACAAAGAACCAAGAACAAGAAGUCCAAAGACUACUGCAAAGCUGAUUCAGAACAACAUGUAUUGUUUUUUAACCAUAACAAUAUUUUGGCUGGCCAUACCAGCCUACUUCAGGUUUACAGAUGUUACUGAACUUAUGUAGGAACAGUAACAUCUGUAAACCUGAAGAAGGCUGGUAAAAAACAAUACACGCAAAGGAUAUUUUUUUGAAGGGCAAAAUUUUUAAAUAUCCCCCCACAUCAUACAGAAUUUUUUGACAUCCCGUCCUCUUGGUUCACAGAUUUUAGUAUUUCUGGUGUAAAGUGUAAAUUAAAGAAAGUUGUAACAGAUUAAAGCUAGCUGUGCCUCACAGGGAAAUAUUUGCAUACCAGGGCCAUCAUGUGGCAGCUUACAUGUAGAUUCAAUGAUGAAAUGCAAUGAUUCCGAGAUAGGUUAAACUUGUACGGUGGCCCAGAAGGGUCACACAUGCAAAUUAAAAAUGUUGCUGCAAACUAAAAAUUUUACCUGCAAAUUAAAAAUAGGGCAUGCAAAUUAAAAAUUGUACUUGCAAACUAAAAAUAUUACAAACAUGAAACAUGAAUGGGCCGACGGCUGUAAGGCCAGGUCGCACAGCUCAGACCAGGUCCUCAUCACUCAUACUGUGCGCGCAGGACUUUUCAUUUUUGAUCUGCAUCGAUAUGUUUUCUUUUUUAAUUUGCAGCACAAUUUUUAGUUUGCAUGUACUAUAUUUAAUUUGCAGGUAAUAUUUUUAGUUUGCAUGUACAAUUUUUAAUUUGCAUUUACUAUUUUUAAUUUGCACCUACAUUUUUAAUUUGCAUGUGUGACCCUUCUGGGCCACCGUAAACUUGGGACCUAGACUAGCAAAGAACAAGCCCAAGUGCUUGAAAAGAAAACAAACAAUAAAAAGCCAACAAAAAGGCAUUUGAAAAGCUAUACAACUUCUGAACUGGUGCUAAAAGAUAUUGAAUGGCCUGAUCAGUUAAGCAGAAAAAGAAAAGGGAAUUGCAAGUCAGCCUAUCUCUGAAGAAAGGUCCACGUACUUUACAUUUAGUGAAAUACAAAUCUCUGCGAAAAGGAAAAGAAAGUUAAUUCACUAUUUUUAAGUCCAAAUUACCAGCUAUAGAGCAUAAUGCAUCACCAAGAGAAACAAAAAUGAAUAUAAAAUUUGUUAUGCAUCGGGUCAAAAUUUACCCUUGUUCAAGUUUAUUUUCCUUUUACCAGGGAAUGGUAAGGACUAUGAAAAUGAGUCACAAUGAUACAAAUACUUAAUCUUUCAAUGCAGACAUCUAAAAAAAAUCAGCAUUCCCCUUCCUUCCCUCAGAAAUGUUUACCAUCACCCCCUUUUCCCUUAAGAACCCCCCCAAAAAAAAAAUCCUCUGCCCCCCUCCCCCCGCCCCUUGUGCUAUGCAUAAUGAAUGCUGCCUAAUGCUUUGGUUUCUCCACCCUUUGAUUCAAUUCAAUUCAAUUCAAUUCUUUAUUUCACACUAUAUAAGAUAUUUACACAAGUGUAUGUAGGUAGGAAAAUAAAGUAGCCGAUAAAUCAUUGAAUUGAAUUAAGAGUGUUACAUUAGCUCUCCAAUAACCACACAAGACUCAGCUUUAAUGUGCCCUUUCUUACAUAAUUUUAGGUUGUUAUCUUUAAAUGUUUGCUUGAAACAAUUUUUGUGUUUGUGUCUUAGUGACAAUUUGCAGUAAAUGCAAACGUGGAUAUUACGAAUAGUACUAGGUUAAGACCAAGGAAGGUUCUAAAACAAAAUAAUAUAUUACCUUUAAUUUUCACAGUGUCUGUAGCCCAGGGCCAUUUCUAUUAAUACCCAGAAAUAAAGGAAGGAGUAAUAAGCAAUUAAAGUUUUGUUUGGGAAUGCUCUGGACAAACUACAUUUUGAAAUUUAAUGCCUUAAUAUAUAUUUCUUUAUUUUUACCUCACCUUAAGGUAAGAUUGGGAUUCAUCCCAGGUGGAGAUUUUCUCACACCAAAGGCUUUAGAAGUAAUAAAAAGAGCAGAACGCAAGUUGACCAUCAUUCCCAUUGUGUUCAUUUUGCUGCGUAUCUGGGGAACCAUACGAUUUUUUCGUUUCUUGUAUUAUCUCCCUGAAGACCCACCAGCAAUAGAGUUUCUUGUUUUCCUCCAGGUAAGAAGACUCAGUUAUCAUAUUAUGCUUUUAUAGUUGGCUUGUCAGCUAUAUAAUAAUAGAGCAAGGCUUUAUUUUACCAUUAUAAUCAUACUCAUUAAUGAAAACUCGUUGAAUGAUCUAAAAGAUGCCCUGGGGCCCGUUUCUCGAAAGUCCCGGUAACUUUUCGGGCCCGAAAUCAAAUAUUCAAAUCGAAAUAUAAAGAAUAAGAGCGCGGGUCCCAGCUAGCAGACUACUCCAUUUUGUUUCACUAAGUGAUGGUUUUAUCAUGCUAGAUGCAAAACUAUUGAAACCUCGAUCUUUAAUGCAAACGGCGACAGCUUACCGGGCCCGUUAAUUAUCGGGACUUUCGAGAAACGGGCCCCAGGGCAUUUAUUUAAUUUUAGGGAUCCAGGGGGUGGGGAUUGGGUAAUAGGUAGGAGGCAUUUAAAAGGAGGGGAUUUGAAGCUAAAAAAAGUUCCCACAAUAUAUUACUCUCUUGCAAAAAUUCAUUUCAAAAAUCCCAGAUUGUCCUUCAUUUUCUUGUUCUUUGCUUGGAGUUUAGAAUAUUCCCUGGAGUCUCAAACUUUUACUACAGUUCUUGUAAUGCUUGUGAUGCCAUCUGCAAUUUUUGGAUUGGUAAUUUAAAAUGACUUGGACACCAAAAAAUCUCUAUCCUCCUGCUGUAUUUUUUUAACAUUUUUCCUGCUUGUUGUGAGGACUGUAAUCACUCAUAAUAUUGGUUUAAAGCGCAAUUAAAUGCAUCCCCAGGGGGAGAAGGAGAUUCUCCUAGAAAAUUUAUUUGGGGUGCAUCCUGAAUUCCAGACCCUUGUUUCAGGCAUCUAGAAAAGGAAGACCUAGAAAAUGAAGACCAAAGACCUAAGACCUAGAAAAUGAAGACCCUAGAAAACGAAGACCCCCCCUGGUUUCUGAGGUCAGCACAUUUUCAAUCAGCAGUACUAGCGAGAUCAGGGUACUUGUAGUGAAUCCUGAGUCAUCAGAUCAGUUAACCUGAGAUCAGGCUCUACUUUCGUUUCGCUUUGAAAAUUGCACUGGUUUCUCAGAUGUCAUCUUGCAGGGAAAAUUGGUGGUGUCAUAAAUUACUGGCUGUUUACUCAGGUUAAGGAUUCUCUGAAAGUGGAAGUUUUUGUGAAUUUUGUGCACUUUGGCCACUAUGUUAGGAAUUGAAAGGUUUAAGAUGGCAUAAAUUAAAUCCAUCUUACAUAUCUUUUUACAGGGCAUUGGGGACAGCAGUCAAGGCUUUGCCAAUUUUGUUCUGUUUUGCUUACUGACUGAUCAUAUAAGAGAAAAAUUCAGACUCUGUGUUGUGAGGUUCACACCAUGGUAUAACUAUCUGGAGAAGGAUCCACUGUUUGAAAGUACAAACUUCCCACUGAAUGAAACAACAGACUUUGGUUCAAACACGUAUGGAGCAGCAGCUGGGGAUUGCAUUUCUGUUAAAUCAAUGAAUUAGUUAUGUAAUAUGCAAACUUGCUUAAAGUAAGACUUGAGACUUUGAAUGCAACUAUUUUACAGCUGCAGAGGGCAUUUAAAACCUGUACAAUAAACACUGGAAUGGACCAAUCUAUUUUUUACUUUUUGAUCUUUUUUAUCACUGGCAAGGCUAAAUGGACAAACAGUCCUUAAUUGUUAAGUUAGUAAUAAAAAAUAUCAUAAAAAGAAGAUGGAUACAUAAACUUUAUUACAGGUUUAAGGAUUAUACAAAUUUCUGUUGUACAUCCUUCAUGAAGUAAUAAGUUUUUCUUAAGAUUUAGGGCUCUUCUGUAUAUUAAGACUAAGGACCAACUGUCUCCUCUCCUCCUCUCGAUCUGCCACCGUGAAUCAUGAGCAUUUCGGUGGCUAUUAUUUUUUAGGUUGUUAUAACUUGUGCAGUUUUUAAUAGCUUUGCAAAUGAACAGCAAUUAAACUGGCAAUGCUUUUGGACGUUUUUAUUAAAUUUUGUGAAGAUUUUGAUGGUAUUAUUAGUAGCCUGAGCAUUACAUGUACAUUGAAUUACAUAUACCAUUGAAGAAGCCAUGGCCUAUCAAGGACAGCAAGCUGUAUUUAAAUGACAUAAUCUGAGCUUAUUAACAGCAAUGUUAACCUCAGGGAAUGUUUUUAAAGUUUAUAAGAUUGUGUUACUCUGUGACAAUAGUCUGUUAGAUUAUGUUAGAUUAUGUUAGUCUGUGCCGCACUGGGGAAUGUGUGCUUGUUUGUAUCACAAACGGUUUUUGAACUAUAAUAGUAC